AUGCCAGCCUACUACGGUCGCGACAGCCUGCACCCGCGACCCUCGGCCAGCACGGCUUCACCCUUCAAUCACUCCCGCCGGUCAUGGACUGACAAUGGCGUGCAAUAUACAGUAGAGACUGCCAGCUACACCAGUCCCGGCAUGUCGUUCGGCGCGACGGGUGGUACUGCCAAUGGGCUUCUGGAUGUGCUGUUUCCCGAACCACGAAGUGCUCGCCACCAGCCUUCGGGUUCGGGUAUAGCCGCUGGACUGCUGGGGACAGCUCUGAAUUUGCUCACUAGCGCGAAUGAUAUGCGCCAAGCAAGCAAUCCCAGGAUUGCCCGUCGAAGCGAGCUCGUAGAGUCUAGUGAAGCCGAUUCUGACGAUGAAGAGAGCGGAGACGGUCUGGCCUACGGAGACGAUGGAACCGGAAGUGGCAACAGGCGGCGGCGCUCCGUAUUCUCUCGUGUCAAAGACAAGCUGGGCAAGGAGCGCACACGCAAGCCUCCGAAUGUGCGUGACCCGUACGCAUCGAGGGAGUGGCGUGAGUCCGAAAGCGGGCAUCGAGCGCCCGGCAACACCCGCGCACACGGCGCGUCGGAAAGCGAAGACGACAGCCUGGGGCAUAUUGAGUAUGACGAGUACAGCGACAUGCGGCAGAGACCUCGUUCAAGUCACGCCAACUCCUCUCAACCGGAUGCGCUGAAGCCUUUCCAUGAUGCAGUGCAGAACCGGUCAGACGGCGUCAGGCGGUGCCGUAAGCGCCUGGAGCGGGCAUCACGGCAGCCUGGGCUAGACAUCCGCUACAUUCAGAACUUGGUGGAUCAGAUCCAGCUGCGCGAACAGGCUCUGGCUGUGGCACAAGAGAACCUCCAGAACGAGCAGAUUCGGCUGGCUAGUGGUGGUAGACCGCGCCAGCAGCAAACACCGCCGCAUUUUCGCCGUGCGUCGCAACGACAGGCUCCGCAACCGGGCCUGUCCGACUUUGGCGAAUACAUGGAGCUGCCUGGGAUUGAAAGUUUCUCCACUCCACCUAGAACAGCCACUCACCCGCUGUUUGCGGACUUCGGCACGCUCCACAGUCAAGGACCUUUUGCAGAUCCAUUCUUCGGAGCCUUCCACAACCACUUCCAUCACGUUUUCGGCGGUAUGCCGGGUAUGGAGAACGACUUCCACAGCUCCUUCACGAUGCCGGACGGCACCUUCGCAGAUGGGCAGAGAAAGCGGACGCGCUUCACACCGACAGGCCACGUGCCGCAACCAGGCUUUGCCACAUUCACCCAGCCACCACCACCGAUGCCGCCAUCGAGUCUUCUAACACCCGACGAAGCCAAGCGACUUUUUCAAACAUACAAUGACCGUUGGACCGCGCUGUCGCCAAACGACCCAAACAUACCAUACCCAACACGAGGUCUGCUCCCGCAAGCAUUACUCACUCGUGACACUCUCUGGGCUCCUAACAUCGCAGCCCAUCCCUCUACAUGGUCCGAAGAGACAGUCAUGCAAGCAAACGCUCAAGCCUUCUUCCUCAACGUCUGCGACCUAAUUCCGCUGUACGCGGACGCCACGGGCACUGGUCGCAUCGACAUGGGCUAUAACAAGCUCCGGGCCACUCCGACGCAGAUCAAGGCACUGAUCGAUGUGCUGAAGAAGGAGAAGACAAGGUGGCAUAGUGACCGUUUGGGGAGAAGAACCGGAGGGCGGCCGGGGGUGAACGAGGGUUUGCAGAAAGAUGUACGGGCGAGGGCGGUGUUUCAUGCGGUUUUCUCCAAUCGCAAUGGGCGAGAAAGAUCUAUGCGGCAUUUCUCCAACGAGUCGUGGACACCCACUGCAUCUCCUCCAUCAGAUCUUGGGUUCGGAACAUUUGCAUGCGCCACACGGCAUAUGCUCGGUUUGGCCCGCGAUCAGCGUCAUUCGUGCAUUGACCCCGACGGUUGGCGAAGCUUGACAGUGACAUUUAGCAGGCCACAUGCACUUGCUGCAGCAUUCCCUCUCUGCAUCUCCUACUCUCCUCCAUCUCUCAAUCUGCAAGCUGUCAUGGACGCCUCCAAGGACGACAUCAACCGGAUAUCAGGCCCCAGUUCAAUGGCAAGGCCUGAAGAUGGUUCGGCUUCUCAGACACAGGAUCCCCAGCCGAGUUCCAUGUCUUUACAUAACAAAUCCGCAUUCUCUACGUCCGAUGCAGCGAAGCCUAAGAAGAAGCGUCCCCGCGGCGGCAAGAAUCGUAGGAAGACUCGACGACAAAGCUUUGCUGGUGGUGAAUCGGAGAGUGGAGCAGGCGGCGAAACGGAAGGACGACCGAGUCUGCUUGACGUCCCCAACCCGCGGUCGUCUGCACAGCAGUCCAGCUUCUACCGCUUACGGGCCGGAAACCGUAGCAACACUAGUCUGGAAAGCGAAGCACUUCUGGACCACCGUGAACAUGGCGCCAUGAGGAGCAGACGGCAGAGUCUGCAACAGCCUUUCGCCCGUCCGAGUCUGGCUCCAAGACAUCGUGGGUCAGGCAACUCCACGGCGCAGGCUGGUGUCACGAAGACACGCUACCCUUAUACUGCCGCUAGUGCUAUCAGCGAGGAUGACGACGAAGGCAACACCAACGACCGCACUCCACUGUUAAGCUCCAGCAACCGCAAUCGAUCCAAGCCGGAGCUGGCACGCAAUAACAGUGGCUUCAACUAUGGCAGUCACGGAUCGCAGUUCCGGCCUAGGAGGCUGUCCACUACGUCUUAUGAUUCAUCCAAGCGCAAGAACGAUGCUCGUGGCCGUCAAGGCACUACCGACAAUGUCGAAGACGGUCAUGAUCCAAACAACCCGCCCUCAGUACCAUCUUCCCCAAAGCUUGGGUCGCUCGAUGAUGUAAUGGCGACAGACCGCAACAAUGACAGUGACAGAGGCCGGGACGCUAUCAUUGACAUUGACAGUGCUGAUUUCGGACCCGACCGGCGUUUCUCAGAAGACUCUCCAGAUGCCGUUCGCCGGCGCAACACGAUGGCCGACUUAGCCGAGAGGGAUGUGUGCUUCCCAGGAGAUGCACCACUAUCGGAGAUUGGAGAGGAAGAAGACCGCCACUCGCAGAUUGGGUCCGGCGAGAGGAGGAAACGCAAGCGAACGCGACAGUGGCCCGAACUAUCCAUCCUUGAAGAGUGGGCGCAUGAGGAGAAGGAGGAGCGGACUCAGCAAGACAUCAUCCGUGCGAAGAAGAUCUCCGAGCCGGUCAUGGUCAACGGACGGCUCCGACCUGCUAACCCCGUCUUCAAGCCAGAGGAAGAAGAGCAGCCAUUUCGCUUCACAUACUUUAAUGAGAUACUAGACAGUACCAUUCACGCGCGCAGCAUCAGCGAUCUCGUUUCGGACGGCACGACCUUCGAAGACCUGUUCGUACCGCCACCAAUCGAACAUGAAUACUCAGAGGACGAUGAAGAAACCGACGAACAUCACGAUCACAGGACGCACCACGCAUCGCUCGGCAACCUUCUCAACGGUCGUCUUGCUGAGAACCAACCAGGACGUCCUCCGUCAGCAAGCGAGAGGUCCCCUUCAAACUCCAAGUCGAACACGGGCUCCAAUACCCCCGCAGCUCAAGGCGACAACGGCACCAUCCGGCCCAAGAUUCACCGUAAUGAAAGUCGAUACGGCGUCAGGCCGACGUGGUGGCUCGACGUACUGCAGCCCACCGAGAUGGAGAUGAAGGUUAUUGCCCGCGCGUUCGGCAUCCACCAACUGACUGUGGAAGACAUUCUGACAGAAGAGGAACGGGAGAAGGUUGAGCUCUUCCAGAACUACUACUUCGUCAACUACCGCUCCUUCGAACAAGAUGCCGCCAAGGAGUCUUACAUGGAGCCCGUAAAUAUGUUCAUCGUGGUCUUCAGGAACGGCGUCAUCACCUUCCACUCCUCAUCUUCGCCGCACCCGAACAACGUCCGCCGACGUAUCCGGCAGCUCAACGAUUACAUGAGCCCAACAGCAGACUGGAUCAGCUACGCCAUCAUCGACAACGUGACCGACUACUUCGCACCGCGCGUUGAAUCCAUCGAACGUGAAGUCGACGACAUUGACGCCUGCAUCUUGAACAUGCACCAGAGCAGUGCCGACAAUGCAUUCGAUCAGGACACGAAGCCGCAAAAGUCUUACAGCGACGAUCCUAAGACGCAGGGCGACAUGGGCGCCAUGAAGGCCGAGGGCGAGAAGACGGCCGGCGACUCCGGCGGCGACAUGCUCCGGCGCGUAGGCGAGUGCCGCAAGAGGGUUAUGGGCCUGUACCGCUUGUUGGGUAACAAGGCGGAUGUCAUCAAGGGCUUUGCGAAGCGCUGCAAUGAGCAAUGGGAGGUGGCGCCAAAGAGUGAGAUCGGGCUAUACCUGGGUGAUAUCCAGGAUCACAUUGUCACGAUGACGAGCAAUCUGAGUCACUAUGAGAACCUCCUUAGCCGCGCGCACAGCAACUACCUCGCCCAAAUCAACAUCCGCAUGAACGAGCGCGCAGAGCAGACCUCGGAUAUCCUCGGAAAGCUCACGGUCCUGGGUACCAUCGUCCUGCCCAUGAACAUCAUUACGGGGAUGUGGGGCAUGAAUGUCUGGGUGCCCGGCCAAGGACAAGAGGGCAAUUUGACAUGGUUCUGGUGUAUUACGGCAGGUUUGUUGGCGUUCGGGUUGACGAGCUACUUUAUCGCUAAGAAGGUUUAUGGGAUCGUUUGA